AUGGUGCUGCCGCAGGGCGGCGGCGCCGUGGAGGUCAAGGCGCGCCGCCGGCUGAAGGAGGAGGGCGCGUUCGAGGCCCUCGUGAACGAGAUGGAGACGAAGCUCGCCGAGCUCGGCAACGGGAUUCCGGGCUGCACCCCCAGCGUGUCGGACCUGGACUUGUCGCAGAACCACGUGACGCCCGAGCAGCUGGAGAGGGUGCUGUCCAUAGUGACCACCCACAACGUCUUCGUGCGGCGCUUCCGCCUGUUCGGGAUCCCCACGUUCACCGACGAUGCGAUGCGGAUCCUAGGCGACCACCUGAGAGGGCUGACGAAGGAGCAGGCGCCGACCGAGAUGCACCUGUCCGACUGCGCCAUCACCAGCGAGGGGUUCUAUCACCUCAUGAGCGCCAUCGAGGAGUCCGACCUGUACCCAGGUGCCCCUCCUGGUGGCAAGCCGCGGCCCCUGUACCUGCGGCUGGAGAACAACUACAUCUCCGAGGAGUCCCUGAAGGAGAAGCAGGAGGCAGGCGUGGUGCGCGCGUUCAAGAAGUCGAUGGGCCAACGGGAGGUCACCACGUCCAGCCCGGUGAAGGUGGACAUCAUCGUCCACGAGAACAGCAGCUGGAAGCAGAAGACGGGCGAGCCCCCCGCGCCCGAGAACGCGCCCCCGCCGAGGAUGGUGAACGACCGGUGGGACGAGCAGCAGCGGGCCAAGCAGGCCAUGCCGCUGGCCGCGGCCGCGGCCGCGGCCGCGUGGGGACAGUGGCAGAAGCCGCAGUGGGGUGGCUGGGGCGGCUGGGGCGGAGGUGCCGACCGGAUGUUCACACGUGUGGGCGAGGGGCCGAGCUUGAUGGCGAAGGCCGGGUACGUGAAGCCGGAGCCCACGGGCCUGGCGGCAGGUCUGAACAAGGGCUUCAUCACCACGCGCAGGACCUUGAAGACCAAGCCGUCCUACCGUAUCGGCAGGAAGUCCCAGCGCGGCGCGCUGAUCAAGGAGGUGGUGCGCGAGGUGGCCGGCUUCGCGCCCUACGAGCGCCGCAUGAUCGAGCUGCUGAGGGUCGGCUCCGCCGCCACGCUCAAGCGCGCCCUGAAGGUCGCCAAGAAGCGCCUGGGCACGCACAAGCGCGGCAAGAAGAAGAGGGACGAGAUGGCCGAGGCGCUGGCGGCGCUGCGCAAGAAGGGCGCGAGAUCAAUCGCGCCUGGCGUCAAGCUAGACACGCUGAGGUACUCUGUCUUCGUGUCACGCUUGCUGGUCGUUGCCGCGGGCCGCAAAAAUAUUCAUUUUCGCACCGCGCCACGGCAUGCCGCUGCGUGGAUGGACUGCAGCAAAAUAUCGUGGGAGAGCAGGAUUGGAGACUAA